UGUUUCUUAUCUUUAUCCCCCUCCCUGCCAACCCGGUUGCCUGGUGGCGAACAGCCGCGUCUUCCCAUUUCGUGGUUGCUGUUUGCAAGUAGGAAGACUCACAGCCCGUGGCAUUCAAAUCUGAAAUAUUCGGAACUACGGCACCUCAAACGAACAACAGAAAACAAGACCGAGUUGUGGAAGGUAACGAAGGAUUGUUCGGUGUCCCGAGAAGGGCCGCCUUUGGUGCGGUGAGCAGCCCGACUCGUGUUCCCGUUACUGAGACUGGAUAUGAUCGGAGCUUUGAAUGAAAAUGGGUGACAUUUUGGCAUAUGAAUCUGAAAUAUUUGGACUGAUCAAGGAGUAUUUAAGAUUUUGUGACUUUGAAGAAACUGUGAAAAUUUUUGAGAAGGAGUGCAAGGGCAAAGGAAAGCCUAUCCCCAAGACUAUAGGAAAUGGUUUGAGAGAUUCAAAAACUUUAAUAAUUCAGAAGGAAUUCUUGACUUCAUUUGAGGAUGGUGAUGAGAAGGUUUUUUUUAAUCUGUGGGAAGAGCACAUUCCUGAGCAUAUUCGAGACAAGGACCCUCAGUCACAAAAGCUGGAGUUUUACUUGCAUAUUCACUUUGCCAUCUUCCCUCUAAAGACUACGCUCGGAGCACUGGACAGAAGUGAUUUGGAUGAGAGGAUUGCUGAAUUUAAACAUUAUUUGGAGACGAGGGGAGCUGCAAUGAGUCAAACUACAGAAUUUUUACCUUAUUAUGCACUACCAUUUGUUCCAAAUCCAGUGGCACACCCAUCAUUCAAAGAACUGUUCAAGGAUUCCUGGAUUCCAGAGCUGAGAAAAAGACUGGAACAGUUCUUGUCUCUAAUACUUAAAGCCAGUAAUGCUCCAAAGCUGCUUACUUUAUUUAAGGAGACUGGGUCAGGCAAUAAAGAGUAUGUCCAUCAGUUACAACAGCAGCUUCUGGAUGCUGAAAGGAAAGCUGCAACAUACAUGAAAAGGUAUAAUAAAAUGCAGGCAGAUUAUCAUAACCUGAUUGGAGUGACGGCAGAACUUGUGGAUUCAUUGGAGGCCACCGUUACUGGAAAAAUGAUCACACCUGAGUACCUACAGUCUGUUUGUGUCCGCCUUUUCAGCAACCAAAUGAGACAAAGUGUGGCACAAAGCAUUGAUUUCACAAGGCCUGGAACUGGAUAUUACUCUCUGAGCUCAAAUGACAAUGAUGAUGGAUAUGCAUCCUCCAUGUUAAGGGCAUCUAUCGCACCACCGAAGUCCAAAGAUGUACCUCUUCUCCCUUCACUGGAUUAUGAGAAGCUGAAGAAGGACCUUAUGUAUGGGAAUGACCGUUUAAAGGCCUUAUUACUACAGGCACUCCGCUGGCGACUGACCAGAUCCUAUCCUGGAGAACAGAGGGAUGCUGUAUUGCAAGGUUAUAUUAGUAAUGAUUUGCUCCAGUGCAACAGCAGUAAUCAGAGAAGUGUACUUCAGUUGCUGAAUUCCAAGAGUGAGAUUGUUAGGCAAUACAUGGCACGACUAAUUAAUGCUAUUGCUUCUUUAGCUGAGGGGCGAAUAUAUCUAUCCCAGAAUCCAGUGCUACUGAGAGUGCUGGAGAAUACACUGAAGAAUGGUGAGAAAGAUUACCUUAUGAGAGAGAAUGUUCUUGGUGCCUUACAGAAAUUGAGCCUUAGACGUGCAGCACAAACAGCAAUGAUCCAAGAUGGAAUUGUUAUGUGGCUGGUAAAUGUACUGGAGGAUACUGAUUCUCUUUCUGACUACACCUUAGAAUAUUCCGUGGCCCUCCUCAUGAAUCUCUGCCUCAGGACUGCAGCUAAGAAAAAGUGUGCCCAGCAUGCUAAACAUGUUCUCAAGGUGCUGUCUGACCUGCUGGGCCAUGAGAAUUAUGAGAUUCGCCCAUAUGUAAAUGGAGCUCUCUACAGUAUUCUUGCAAUUCCCUCAAUACGUGAGGAGGCAAAAGCCAUGGGUAUGGAAGAAAUUCUCCGUUGCUUUUGUAAAGAAGGAAAUGCAGAGAUGAAUAGGCAAAUUGAGUUCAUCAUUAAGCAGCUUAAUUCAGCUGAAGUUUAUGAUGAUGGGCUUGAGUCAGAUGAUGAGGAUGAAGAUGAUUAUGAUGAAGAAAACCAGAAUGCAAUGGAAUCUGAUCUUGACAAAGCAGAAGUAUUGCAACCUCAGCCAAGAGAGUUGUCCGGAGAGGCAUUGCUAAAUUCAGAAUAUUUUGGGAUUAUGACACAUACUUUAAAAACGAGAAGGAAGGCAGCUGCAGUUCCUAGUCAGAUUAUUGAUGAACCACUCCAGCGACCUGUCACACCCAGCUAUCACCGGACAAUUCUAACACAAGACACUAAACCAGGACCUGAUGUGUAUUACCCUUCCAACUCGUGCGGGAGUGGGGAUGACAAUUUGCAGCCCAUCCACAUUUCUCGACCAGCUACACGGAGUGGGAGCAGACCCAAUACUUCUGAUCGCUGUAGUCCGAUUUUAUCUUUAGAUCCUGAGACUGGCAAGUUUUUUUCUCAUGGUUCUGGAAUUGCACAGAAGUUAGAAGCCUUGUCUCUUCAAUCUAUAUCUGAUCAAAGCACUGAUGAGCGUAAUGGACAGACAGAAAGCUAUGAUAUCUUCAACCCUGCAUUUACUAGUCGACCCAAGAUUCCCAGGACCCCAGAGGUUUCAAAUACAAGCCCUCGAAAGCCCAGGACACCACCCAUUGCCCCUCAGUUCUCUCAGUCUGGUCCCCAGCAAACCAACCGACCAAAUUCAGGAGGAUCAAAUGGAAAAAACAGGCAAAGUAGCCAGUCAUAUAGGAAGUGAAAACUAGAUAUUUGAAUACGCAAGUCAGUUACUUCUCUUGAGAUUCUUCAAGUUUCCUGUAACUUCAUCAGUAACACCAGUAAGAGUUUCUGGAGACUUUGACCAAGCCGAGAAUUUGGAACAAUGCAAAGGACUUAGAUAUGUCAGCAUAGAGCAGCUUUUACACUAUACUCUGGUUUCAUGUUUUUGUUUGUUGUUUUUUUUUGAUCCAAUAAGAAUUACAGACUUCAGGUGUAACAAAGGCAUGCUGGGUGUAAGUUUUCAUAGUUGAAUAGAAAAUACAGAAUGAACAUGAUCUUCAAUUGUAUUUUGAUCAAUGGAGGUGGAUGCAAUCCUUUUAGAAAGGAGUUGGUUUUUAAAUGUAACCCUCUGUUUAGUUCUGCACAUCAAGUCUUCAGGCAUUCUCUUGAGGAGAGUGUGUCUUAAUAUACUGCAAAAGUCUGCACGCUCACUCACCAACAUGUCCGGUUUUAUAUAUACUUUUUAUACUGGGGGCAAAUGGCAUAUUGGAGAAGGUCCUUCAGAUUCAGGAGCCCAAUCAAGUAAAUAAAGAUUUGAUGGAGUGUGACAGCAAUAAAAAUGUUGUCACAUAAUGCCAGUUGUAGCCCAUUAAUUUAACCAACUGCUGAAAUAUUUUAUGAGUAAACUGCAUUCAAUCAACAAUUUCUUUAAAUAUAAAUUAUGGAAAAGCAUUAGUUCUGUGAAAGACAAAAAAAAUAAUUGGCAAGAGAGACAACUGCCUGUUUCUGAAUUCAAGAAGAGAUUACAGAGUUUUCUAAAGUACACACUUGCUAGCCUUUUUUUUUCGGAGUAAGACUUUGUUUGUUUGAAUCAUUUACAAAUGCAAUAAUGUUGGUACAUUGAAGAGGAAUUACUAUUCUCAUAAACAAAACAUCAUUGCUCAUCAAAUUAUUUUUUUUAAUCCUUAUGUUUUCAAACUGAAGCAAUAUGAUCUUGUGAGAGGUAACAUAAAAUAAUUGUAUGUAUUUUGUGUAUAUUUUGGGAUAAUGAUUAUAUUUUUAUAAGAAGCAAAAUUUGAUAUAUUCCAGGUUUAUGAUUUGGAUUGUUACUGUGUCUGCUGUCCACUUUCCACUCCCUUCUCCCACAUUGCUGUCUCUCCCUCUUCUCUCCUCUAGUAAGGAAUGAGGUUGUUGUUUUCAAGUACAGUCUUCACAUCUCCUUCUGUUUUAUUAACAUAACUGCAAGUGUGAUGUGUGGCUCCCUGCUUUUAUUCUCUUCUCAUCAAUUCAGUGUUGUUGCAUGCAAGUAUUUGUGUGUUCCCUCACCUGAAAUUCUUCUUGCCACUCCCUGAGUGUUAUUUUUUGUGUUUUUCAAAUGCAUGUCCAUGAACUUAUCUAGUCUUUUUGCUCAUACUAAAUUGAGUAGUUGUGUUUAUUACUUUAUAAAUCAGGAUAUUUAUUUGUCUAGCAGGUACUUUUUACACACACUGUAUCUUUUGUGUUUCUUUCAUAAGCACAUUUACAGUGACACGUCAACAUUUGUAUAAUUGUGGUUUAUCUGUAACAUAUUUUUAUCCUGUUUUUAGAUUGUGUGCAGUGCUAUAUUUUCAUAGCCAUUGACUGAAUUUAUUUUUCUAUGUGUAGUAAUAAAUCUCCUUUAAAAUGUU